AUGUCUUCUUUGGAUAACUCGGUCUCGGACCCGCGUCGAGGAUUUGUUCCCUUCAACCGCGGUUCUUUUCUACUUUCCCAGGAUGAGAAUCCCUCGCCAGCAUCACCGCACGGCCCUAGCACGCUUACCCAUCUGCUUAAGAGUCGUUCCCAUACCUCAUUACACAACUAUGGCAGCACCUGGCGAGGUGCCGUGCCCAACCUCUUAGAUGAUGAGGAAUCCGGCCUACUACCGUCUAUGUUCUCUCGUCCCCCAUCCGAACCCGAUGAUGAAGCCCACCGCCGGUCGCAAAGCGAAGAGCGUCGACUCCACCAAAUACUCCAUAGUUCAACUAUGCGCUCUAUGCUGCUUAUUGGCAAGUCGAACCCUCGAUAUAACUGGGCGCGCUACUGGAAGACGGAAGAACAGUUGAAUGAGAUGAGGAAGCCAUUGCGCGAAUACUACGAGCGCACCAAUUAUUUGGUACAGCAGUAUCUCUACAUUGAUCGUUUGCUCGACAGCAGUCUGCCCCAUGAUCUACUCAACGAGUAUAACGAUCUACCUCAUCAUUCGUUCAAGGAUGUGGAUAUCCCGGCUACUAUUUCGGAGGAGCAAUCAAGCGGUGCUAGCGUCACCAAAAGCAAUAACGGAAGUGGCCAGGGUGGCGAGGACCUGCUCGGUCCUAUAACCCCCCUCACGAAUUUCUCAAGCCCUCAAAAUGUUACCUUUUCGGAUGGCGAGGCGGGUGGCGACAGGGAUGUGGCGGCUCCAGGUGUAGUCGUAACGAAGAAGGUUAAGCGUACCCCGAAGGACAUUUACCGUGCUACUGAGACUACGCCCCUAUUUGUUAACGACGAGGAAGAGGAUGGUCCCAAGCCCGAGGUUCCAUGGCUAGAGGAAGACGAUGAAUUGGACAGUGGCGACAAGAUUGUGACGACAGCCAUUUAUGUUAACUUUACGGCAAACGUGCUCUUGUUAGCGGGCAAGAUUGCUGUCGUCGUUUCAGUAUCGUCCAUGUCAGUAUUAGCCAGUUUGGUUGAUGCGGUGUUGGAUUUCUUGUCAACGGUCAUAGUGUGGACGACUACCUGGUUGAUUUCCAGACAAGACCAGUACAAAUACCCUGUUGGCAGACGUAGAUUGGAACCUUUAGGUGUUUUAGUCUUCUCAGUCAUCAUGAUCACUUCUUUCGUUCAGGUCGCGCUGGAGUCGAUACAACGACUGGCGUCGCCUAAUCACGAGUUGGUUGAAGUCGGCAUACCGGCCCUCAGCAUUAUGCUUGGGACGGUCAUCAUCAAGGGACUGUGUUGGUUAUGGUGUCGGUUGGUCAAGAACUCGAGUGUUCAGGCUUUAGCUGAUGACGCAAUGACGGAUGUGAUUUUCAAUACGGGAUCCAUCCUCUUCCCUAUAGUUGGAUUUUACGCCAACAUAUGGUGGCUAGACGCUCUAGGUGGUCUUGUUCUGUCACUGGUCGUCAUCUUCAACUGGUCUAGAACAUCGCUGCAACACAUUAAGAAUCUAAGCGGGUUCUCGGCAACCGCCGAUCAACGGAACAUCUUACUUUACCUCACAAUGCGUUUCGCGAAGACGAUCAAACAGAUCCAGGGCCUGAAUGCCUACCACUCGGGCGAUAAACUAAAUGUCGAAGUUGAUAUUAUCUUGGACGCAUCUACCACGUUACGGGAUUCCCAUGAUCUUAGUGAAAGUUUGGGCUAUGUGCUAGAGUCAGUUCCAAUUGUGGAUAGAGCAUUUGUCCAUGCCGAUUACGCGAGUUACAAUCUGCCUACACAUAUGGAACAGCAGUGCAACUGA